UCCCCACGCCAUCUUGAUGUUCGAUCGCGCAGGCGGAAGCAACAUCUUCGGCGGCGCAGCAGCGGGUGUGGUUCGGACUCUCACGGGUGGUUCACCUAGCAGCUCUGAGCUUAUUUUCAGCCGAGAGAAAAGAGAACAUCUCCCCGCAACAACCACGGAGGAGCCGCUCGACUCUGCUGAUUUGAUGGAGUUGGACAUGGCAAUGGGAGACAGUAAGGCUGCCGUGAGCCAGUGGCAGCAACAGUCCUACCUGGAUUCAGGCAUCCAGUCAGGCGUUACCACCACUGCACCAUCUCUCAGUGGCAAGGGGAAUCCUGAUGCAGAGGAGGAUGAUCCAACUCUCUAUGAUUGGGAAUUUAACCAGCCCUUCACUCCUGAGGCUCCAGACAUUGAGGGUUAUGCCAUGACUCGGGCCCAGCGUGUACGUGCUGCCAUGUUCCCUGAGACCUUGGAGGAGGGCAUCCAGAUCCCACCCACCCAGCUGGAUGCUGCCCACCCAACAGCAGUGCAGCGCCUUGCAGAGCCCUCUCAGAUGCUGAAGCAUGCUGUCGUCAACCUCAUUAACUAUCAAGAUGAUGCUGAGCUGGCCACUCGUGCCAUCCCAGAGCUUACUAAACUGCUCAAUGAUGAGGACCAGGUUGUUGUGAAUAAAGCAGCGGUAAUGGUGCACCAGUUGUCAAAGAAAGAGGCAUCGCGGCAUGCCCUGAUGCGCUCACCACAAAUGGUAUCGGCUGUUGUCCGUGCCAUGCAGAACACUGGUGAUGUGGAGACAGCUCGCUGCUCUGCUGGCACCUUGCACAACCUGUCUCACCAUCGUGAGGGGCUCCUUGCAAUCUUCAAGUCUGGAGGCAUCCCUGCCCUAGUCAAGAUGCUUGGCUCGCCAGUGGACAGUGUGUUGUUCUACGCCAUUACCACGCUCCACAACCUGUUGUUGCAUCAGGAAGGGGCCAAGAUGGCGGUGCGUCUAGCUGGAGGACUGCAGAAGAUGGUGGCCCUGUUGUCUAACACUAACGUCAAGUUCCUGGCAAUCACUACUGACUGCCUGCAGAUUCUGGCAUAUGGCAACCAGGAAAGCAAGCUGAUCAUUCUGGCCAGUGGUGGUCCCCAAGCCCUGGUCAACAUCAUGAGAACAUUCACAUAUGAAAAACUGCUGUGGACCACAAGCAGGGUGCUCAAGGUGCUCUCUGUUUGCUCAAGCAACAAGCCUGCCAUCGUUGAGGCUGGUGGCAUGCAGGCCUUGGGGCUUCACCUGACAGACCCCAGCCAGCGUCUGGUCCAGAACUGCCUUUGGACUCUAAGGAAUCUUUCAGAUGCUGCCACUAAACAGGAGGGAAUGGAGGGUCUCCUGGGGACCCUGGUCCAGCUGCUGGGCAGUGAUGACAUCAAUGUUGUGACAUGUGCUGCUGGAAUCCUCUCCAAUCUGACCUGCAACAACUACAGUAACAAACUUAUGGUCUGCCAGGUUGGGGGAAUUGAGGCUCUGGUGCGAACAGUGCUUCGGGCUGGCGACAGGGAGGACAUCACAGAGCCAGCUGUCUGUGCCCUUCGUCACCUGACCUCCCGCCACCAGGAUGCUGAGAUGGCCCAGAACGCUGUGCGCCUUCAUUACGGCUUGCCUGUGGUGGUCAAACUCCUGCACCCUCCAUCCCAUUGGCCACUAAUCAAGGCCACAGUUGGUCUGAUACGGAACCUGGCUCUGUGCCCAGCCAACCACAGUGCUCUGCGUGAGCAGGGAGCCAUCCCCCGCCUGGUCCAACUGCUCGUCAGGGCUCACCAGGACACCCAGAGGCGUACCAGCAUGGGAGGCAACCAGCAGCAGUUUGUGGAGGGUGUGCGUAUGGAGGAAAUCGUGGAAGGCUGCACAGGAGCUCUGCACAUCCUGGCUCGGGACGUCCACAACAGAAUUGUCAUCAGAGGACUCAACACCAUUCCACUCUUUGUCCAGUUGCUUUACUCUCCAGUAGAGAAUAUCCAGCGUGUGGCAGCAGGUGUUCUGUGUGAACUGGCACAGGACAAAGAAGCUGCUGAGGCAAUUGAAGCUGAAGGAGCCACUGCACCGCUCACUGAGCUGCUGCACUCCCGCAAUGAGGGCGUUGCAACCUACGCUGCAGCUGUCCUGUUCCGCAUGUCUGAGGACAAGCCCCAGGACUACAAGAAACGUCUGUCGGUGGAGCUGACCAGCUCUUUGUUCAGAACUGAGCCUAUGGCCUGGAAUGAGACUGGAGACCUGGGGCUGGAUAUGGGAGCUCAGGGGGACCCUCUGGCUUACAGGCAGGAUGAUGGAGCCUACAGGGCAUACCCAUCAGCCUACGGCCAGGACACCCUGUUAGACCCCAUGAUGGAGGGCGCCGACUAUCAUACUGACACUCUACCCGACCUGGGCCACCACACUGACCCGCUGCCGGACCUCGGCCACACCCAGGACCUGAUGGACAGCAACCAGCUGGCCUGGUUUGACACUGACCUGUAGGAUUGGUGAGGCAGACUUCCACAAAACUCUUAAAUAACUAGUUCACAGUGAAAACAAGUAUCUAUUUGAAUGGCAGCACAUUGACUUCAUAUUUUCCGACCUGUGUUCUUUUGCAGUUGUAUUCUGAUAGAACCUGCAUUGUGAUUGGCCUCUAUUGUCUGAAGCAGCAUUAUGAUUGGCCUGUAGAGUUGUUGAAGGUAAUGAAAGGAAUAAGGGGUCUUGGAAAGUGCCUGACACAAGAAAACAAAGAAGAUGGUUGCCAUGGGAAUGUUAAAGCAAGUUGAAACAGGGGUAAGAAAGAAUUAAAGGGUUAAAGUAUCAGAGAUGUGGAAUCGCACAAUGGAGGUCUUGGAGCAGGUUACCUAUAUGGAUGAGUGCACAUGAGGUGGAUCUUAAGUUUGAAACACAUGUUUUAGCCUUGCCUGUAUUCUUAUCAGUUUUUGUUUCUAUUUUUCUUAUUCUAUUUUUUUAUUUCUUUUUGUAUUACUCAUUCUCUGUUAUGGUACUGACCCAGCUUGCCUUCACACUAGCCAUCUUCAUUUUCUCUUCAAUGCUAAUCAUUUGUAAUUUUUUUUAACGUAUAUUACAUGUAGUGUUAAGUUAUAGUGAUAUUAUACAAUGUUCCUUUGGUUUAUGGCCGAAUGUGUAGAACACUAAUAAUCAGUUGAAUUGUACUCUGACUUAAAGUGUAACAUUGUGUAGUUUUUUUUAUAAUCUCAGAAAUGGAGAAUUAUGCAUUCUUAAUAUGUGCUUGUUUAAGCAUAAAAUAUGUCAGUGUCACAAAUGUUCUAAAGAGGGGUAUGGGUGAAAUUGAGGGAGGGUUGGGGAUAAAUCUAGAAGUGUUUUAUAUACAGUAUCACUGGUAGGUUAACAACUAUUUUGUAUGCUAUCAUUGGAUGUCUGAUAGAAAAGUCUUUAACGCUAUCAUUGGUGGUCUAAUAAAACCCAGUUUUAUGUGCUGUCAAGGGGUAGCUAGGUUGACGAAAAACAGUUGUAGUCCUGCUGUUCUUAUUUUGGAGACGAGGUUAUGACACGGCUGAACAAUAAAAUGGCAUUUUAUUUCAUUUA